AGGAUUAGGUCGUCAUAAUUCAUAAAUAUCGGUUUAAAAAAAUAUCUAUUUCAUAAAUAUCUGCAUAAGUGGCCUACAGCAAAGCCCAACUAAAGCCCAAAAUCUCAAAACCCUAAGUGGCCGUUUCAUUAGAGUGUGUGUGGGACCACCGAUCACAACCGCAUGCGUUCUUAUCCCGCAACCGUAUCAUCACUCAUCCACCACUGCACAUUCUCCGUACUCCGCCGCACACUCUCUCUCCGAUCACCGGCCACCGUAACCACACCGAUGGCCAACGGCUCCACCACCGCCACCGAGGACUCACUCCGACGAGCUCUCGCCGACAAGCAAUCCACAAUCGAUGCUCGUGGCAGCGCCAUACGUCAAUUGAAGAGUUCCGGAGCUUCGAAAUCGGAGAUCGAUGAAGCGGUUAAAGCGUUGAAUAAUUUGAAACUUGAGAAAACGUCAAUUGAGAAUCAACUGAAGGCUUCGAUUUCCGGUGAUUCUGGUACUAGUAGAGAUGCGUUUCGUCAGGCGGUUGUUAAUACGCUUGAACGAAGAUUGUUUUAUAUUCCGUCGUUUAAGAUUUAUAGAGGUGUUGCUGGUUUGUAUGAUUACGGUCCUCCUGGUUGCGCCGUUAAGUCUAACGUCCUUGCGUUCUGGCGUCAGCAUUUUGUGCUGGAAGAGGAUAUGCUAGAAGUUGACUGUCCUUGUGUGACCCCUGAGGUCGUCUUGAAAGCUUCUGGUCAUGUUGAUAAGUUUACCGACCUUAUGGUUAAAGACGAGAAGACCGGUAAUUGCUACAGAGCUGACCACCUUCUUAAAGAUUAUUGCAAGGAUAAACUUGAGAAUGAUUUGGCUAUGAGCGCUGACAAGGCAGCUGAAUUAAAACACGUUCUUGCGGUUCUUGAUGAUCUCUCUGGUGAACAACUUGGGGCCAAGAUCAAGGAAUACGGUAUAGUGGCACCAGAUACUAAGAAUCCUCUUUCAGAUCCUUAUCCGUUUAACCUCAUGUUUCAGACUCAAAUUGGUCCAUCUGGCGCAAGCACUGGGUACAUGCGCCCUGAAACGGCACAAGGCAUAUUUGUUAACUUCAAAGACUUGUACUAUUACAAUGGAAACAAGCUUCCCUUUGCUGCUGCUCAAAUUGGUCAAGCUUUCAGAAAUGAGAUCUCACCUAGACAAGGUCUUCUACGUGUCCGCGAAUUCACUCUUGCGGAAAUAGAGCAUUUUGUGGACCCCGAUGACAAGUCACAUCCAAAGUAUUCUGAAGUUAAAGACCUAAAAUUUCUGAUGUUCCCAAGGGAUGAACAAAUGUCAGGCCAAUCUGCAAAAGUACUUUGUCUCGGUGAAGCAGUUUCUAAGGGGAUUGUGAAUAAUCAAACACUUGCAUACUUCAUUGGGAGAGUAUAUCUGUUUUUGACACGGUUAGGGAUAGAUGAAAAACGAUUGCGAUUUAGGCAGCAUCUUCCAAAUGAGAUGGCUCACUAUGCUGCAGACUGUUGGGAUGCUGAAAUCGAGUCUUCUUAUGGCUGGAUUGAGUGUGUUGGGAUUGCUGAUAGAUCUGCAUAUGAUCUGCGUGCACACACUGACAAAAGUAAUGUAGCUCUUGUAGCUCAAGAGAAAUUUGCCGCACCAAAAGAAGUAGAGAAACUGGUUAUUACACCUUCUAAGAAGGAACUUGGCCUUGCAUUUAAGGGUAGUCAAAAGAUGGUGGCUGAAGCACUUGAGGCGAUGGACGAAAAAGAGGCAAUGGACAUGAAGGCGGCUUUAGAAACCAAAGGGGAAGUACAAUUUGAAGUUUGUACUCUUGAGAAAACAGUUGCAAUAAAGAAGAACAUGGUGUCAAUUUCAAAAGAAAUAAAGAAAGAACAUCAAAGAACAUUUACACCUUCUGUGAUCGAACCAUCUUUUGGCAUUGGAAGAAUCAUCUAUUGUCUCUAUGAACACUCUUUUUACAUGAGACCAAGCAAAGCUGGGGAUGAACAGUUGAACGUUUUCCGUUUCCCUCCUCUUGUGGCCCCCAUCAAAUGUACUGUUUUCCCAUUGGUUCAAAACCAGCAAUACGAGGAAGUCGCCAAACAGAUUUCUAGAUCUUUGACUGCAGCUGGGAUUUCAAACAAGAAAGAUAUUACAGGUACAUCAAUAGGAAAAAGAUAUGCGAGAACAGAUGAACUUGGUGUGCCAUUUGCUGUAACUGUGGACUCCACAUCAUCAGUGACAAUUCGUGAGCGUGACAGCAAGGAUCAAAUCCGUGUGAACGUGGAUGAGGUGGCAGCAGUGAUAAAGGACGUAUCCGAGGGGCGGUGCAAAUGGAACGAUAUUUUACAGAAAUACCCUGCUCACACUUCAGCUUCCGCAGAUGAGUGAAAACCAAUUUGAUUUAUCAAGUACGGCCCACUUUUUUUUGCUGUCAAAACAAAAUAUACUGUUUUUCUCAACAUCGUCGUCUUACUUUUUUUUUGAAACAAAACAAUUAGUUUUUGUCAUAUUGAGCAAGACCUUACUAUAUACUGCUCAGUUGUUAAAAAUUGUUGUUAAUUCAGAUAUAUUUUGUGGGUCCUA